CUCUGGGAGGUUUAGGAAGCGGCUCCGGGUCGGUGGCCCCAGGACAGGGAAGAGCGGGCGCUAUGGGCAGCCGGACGCCAGGGUCCCCUCUCCACUCCGUGCAGCCGCGCUGGAGCCCCCGGCGCCGACCUACGCGGCCGCCGCUGCCGCUGCUGCUGCCGCUGUUGCUGCUGCUGCCGCCGCCGCCCCGGGUCGGGGGCUUCAAUUUAGACGCGGAGGCCCCAGCGGUGCUCACCGGACCCCCGGGGUCCUUCUUCGGCUUCUCGGUGGAGUUUUACCGGCCGGGGGCGGACGGGGUCAGCGUCCUGGUGGGAGCGCCCAAGGCUAACACUAGCCAACCCGGAGUGCUGCAGGGUGGUGCUGUCUACCUCUGCCCCUGGGGCCUCAAUGCCUCACAGUGCACCCCCAUGGAAUUUGACAGCAAAGGCUCUCGGAUCCUGGAGUCCUCUGUGUCCAGCCCAGAAGGAGAGGAGCCUGUGGAAUACAAGUCCUUACAGUGGUUUGGGGCAACAGUUCGAGCCCAUGGCUCUUCGGUCCUGGCCUGUGCCCCACUGUACAGUUGGCGCACUGAGAAGGAGCCGAUGAGCGAUCCCGUGGGUACCUGCUACCUCUCUACAGACAACUUUACCCGCAUUCUGGAGUAUGCUCCUUGCCGCUCAGAUUUCAGCUGGGCAGCAGGGCAGGGAUACUGCCAAGGAGGUUUCAGUGCUGAGUUCACCAAGGCUGGGCGAGUAGUUCUGGGUGGACCAGGGAGCUAUUUCUGGCAAGGCCAGAUCCUGUCUGCCACCCAGGAGCAGAUUGCAGACUCCUACUACCCUGAAUACCUGAUCAACCUGGUUCAGGGGCAGCUGCAGACUCGCCAGGCCAGUUCCAUCUAUGAUGAUAGCUACCUAGGGUAUUCUGUGGCAGUAGGGGAAUUCAGUGGUGAUGCUACAGAAGACUUUGUUGCUGGUGUGCCCAAAGGGAACCUCACCUAUGGCUAUGUCACCAUCCUAAAUGGCUCAGACAUCCGAUCCCUCUACAACUUCUCAGGGGAACAGAUGGCCUCCUACUUCGGCUACGCAGUGGCUGUCACAGACAUAAAUGGGGAUGGGCUGGAUGACCUGCUGGUUGGGGCACCCUUGCUCAUGGAGAGGACAGCUGAUGGGCGGGCCCAAGAGGUGGGCAGAGUUUAUGUCUACCUGCAGCACCUAGAUGGCAUGGAAUCCUCGCCCACCCUUACCCUCACCGGCCAUGACGAGUUUGGCCGAUUUGGCAGCUCCUUGACCCCCCUAGGGGACUUGGACCAGGAUGGCUACAAUGAUGUGGCCAUUGGUGUCCCUUUUGGUGGGGAGACGCAGCAAGGAGUGGUGUUUAUAUUCCCUGGGGGGCCAGAGGGGCUGGGCUCUAAGCCCUCCCAGGUUCUGCUGCCCCUAUGGGCAGCUGGCCACACCCCAGACUUCUUUGGCUCUGCCCUCCGAGGAGGUCGAGACCUUGAUGGCAACGGAUAUCCUGAUCUGAUUGUUGGGGCCUUUGGUGUGGACAAGGCUGUAGUAUACAGGGGCCGCCCCAUCGUGUCUGCCAGUGCCUCUCUCAACAUCUUCCCUGCCAUGUUCAACCCAGAGGAGCGCAGCUGUAGCUUGGAGGGAAACCCUGUGUCCUGCAUCAACCUCAGCUUCUGCCUCAACGCUUCUGGAAAACAUGUCCCUGACUCCAUUGGCUUCACCGUGGAGCUCCAGUUGGACUGGCAGAAGCAGAAGGGAGGAGUGAGGCGGGCCCUGUUCCUGGCCUCCCAACAGGCCACACUGACCCAGACUCUGCUCAUCCAGAAUGGGGCUCGAGAGGACUGCAGAGAAAUGAAAAUCUACCUCCGGAAUGAGUCCGAAUUUCGAGACAAACUCUCCCCAAUUCACAUCGCCCUCACCUUCUCCCUGGACCCCCAAGCCCCUGUGGACAGCCACGGCCUCCAACCUGUCCUACAUUACCAGAGCAAGAACCGGAUAGAGGACAAGGCUCAGAUCUUACUGGACUGUGGAGAGGACAACAUCUGUGUGCCCGACCUACAGCUGGAAGUAUUUGGGGAGCAGAACCACGUUUACCUGGGUGACAAGAAUGCCCUGAACCUAACUUUCCACGCCCAAAACGUGGGUGAGGGCGGCGCUUAUGAGGCCGAGCUUCGGGUCACGGCCCCUCCAGAGGCAGAGUACUCCGGACUCGUCAGACACCCAGGGAACUUUUCCAGCCUGAGCUGCGACUACUCUGCUGUGAACCAGAGCCGCCUGCUGGUGUGUGAUCUGGGCAACCCCAUGAAGGCAGGAGCCAGUCUCUGGGGUGGCCUCCGGUUCACAGUCCCUCAUCUCCGGGACAUGAAGAAAACCAUCCAGUUUGACUUCCAGAUCCUCAGCAAGAAUCUCAACAACUCCCAUAGCGACGUAGUCUCCUUCCGGCUGUCUGUGGAGGCUCAGGCCCAGGUGUCCCUGAAUGGUGUCUCCAAGCCAGAGGCCGUGCUCUUCCCAGUCGGUGACUGGCAUCCCCGAGAGCAACCUCAGGAGGAGGGACACGUGGGUCCUGCAGUUCACCAUGUCUACGAGCUCAUCAACCUAGGCCCCAGCUCCAUCAGCCGGGGCAUCCUGGAGCUCAGCUGCCCCCAGGCCCUGGAAGGCCAACAGCUGCUCUACGUGACCAGGGUUACAGGACUCAGCAACUGCACCACUAGUCACCCCCUCAACUCACACAGCCUGGAGCUGGAUCCUGAGGGUUCCCAGCACCACCACCUGCAAAGAAGGGAGGCCCCAGGCCGGAGCCCUGCCUCCUUGGGGCCUCAGAUCCUGAAAUGCCCAGAGGCUGAGUGUUUCAAGCUGCGCUGUGAGCUAGGCCCACUGCAUCGGCAAGAAAGUCGAAGUCUGCAACUUCAUUUCCGAGUCUGGGCAAAGACCUUCCUACAGCGGGAACACCAGCCAUUUAGCCUGCAGUGUGAAGCCGUGUAUGAAGCCCUGAAGAUGCCCUACCGGAUCCUGCCACAGCAGCUACCUCGAAAGGAACUUCAGGUGGCCACAGCCGUGCAGUGGACGAAGGCAGAGGGCAGCCAUGGUGUCCCACUGUGGAUCAUUAUCCUAGCCAUUCUCAUUGGCCUCCUGCUCCUAGGUCUGCUCAUCUACAUCCUCUACAAGCUUGGAUUCUUCAAACGCUCUCUCCCAUAUGGCACCGCCAUGGAAAAAGCUCAGCUCAAGCCUCCAGCCACCUCUGAUGCCUGAUCCCAGACUCCCAAACCUGAAGGCCCAGUCCUCCCCACACCCCAGUCUGCUGACAGAGAGGGGGUUGGGCACUUCUGAAGGUGCUGAGGGCCAGGGAGAAGCUUCUCUCCCUGGCCCAGAGACAUACUUGAAGGGCCAGAGCCAGGGGGCAAGGAACUGGGGACCGCCCCCAGUGCACUGUGAAGGACCCUCGUUUACACAUGCCCUCCUCACAGAUGAGGGAACUCGGAUCCAGGGAAAGCGGUCUCAGCCUCCCUGCAGUCUUUGCAUUUUGGAAAGUUCUCUGAAAACAACUUGGAACCAUAGCCAGGGAACUCAUUCUCAGUUCUCUGGGCUUGACCUGCCACCAAGACUUCCUGUCUAGCCCCAACCUGCAAAGAUCUGCCAUUGGCCUUGACAGAGACUCAGAGGAAGCUCCAGCCAAGAACCUGGAACCUGGGGAGUAAACCCUGGCAGCUCUGGAGAGUCCCCAUCCUGGUGGGCUAACAAGGAACUCUAACCAUGAAUGGUGCCCCAGGGCCAGCUCAGGGCAGAUCCCAAACAAGGACUGAUGGUGGCCCAGAACCCAGUUCCAGGAGGAACUAGAACUCAGAUGGCAUCAGAUCUAACCUGUGGCCUACCGCUGAUCCAGGACCCUGACCCAGACUGCUGGGAACCUAAUAAGGCAGAGAUCUAAGACUGCAUUUGGACCUGGAGGCUCAGUCUAACCCUGAUUCAGGAGAAUCAGAAAUUGCCCAGGACCCUGAAGGAGCCAUGAUGGCAACAGAUCUUGAACCUCAUACUGGCCAGACACAGGCCCUCCCAGUUCCCCUCAAGAAAAGGGAGCUUACUGUCCUGGGCUCAAAGAAUUUGGGUUCUGCCCACCAGCUGCACUGACACUGCCCCUUCCUUCCCUGCCAACCUUCCCCUCACCUUGGCUCCAGGACUCCUGGGACUUAUUUAAGCUCUGUUGCAAGUGCAAUAAACCCAGCCUGGGGUUCCCAAUGAUCAGA